CGGACGCGAUCGAACCUCCAACUUAGGCACAUAUAUGUACAUAUAAUAUAACGUAUAUUGUGCAAGUCGCACGCGACUAUAUAGAUGCCAGUGUGUUGGUUAAUUAUACAUAACUACAAAGUGAACUACAGAUGUGUGUAUAAAUCAAUGUCCGCUCUUAACAGGCGGCUGCAGUGCCAAUAACAAAUUAAAAUAAAAUAUACUAGUAUACCUAAGCAACUACGGCGUUUGCUGGGGCAACUUUUGUUUUUGUAUUCCAUUUUUUCACCAUUUUUGGCGCGCCUUUUGUGAGUGAACCGCGCGCGCGAUAAGUCAGACAAACAAACAAACAAAAAAACAAGAGAAUCAUAAAAAACAAAUUUAAUCAAUUACACGUGCCGACAAAACAAAGAGAUAAUUUGAUUAUUGUCUCGACAAGUGCAUUCGGAUCAAAACACAAAAUUCAAUCAUAAAGUAAAAGAUUUUUUUGCAGCUUACCAUUCCUUAAAAGGCAAUCAACUGUGUAAUCCAAUGACUGAGGAGGAGGAUUUCGUCGCUUUACAGGAAAUUAUCAAUGCCAGCAUGGAGUUGAACGGUGGCGCCACCGGAGGAGGCAGAGUGGGCGGAGCUGGAGGUGGGGGCGCGGUCGGUGGCGCGGUCGGUGGCGCAGUCGGUGGCGGGCAACAGCACAUAUUAUCGCAGUCGACUUCUUUGCCGGUAAUGCCGUCGCACCUGCCACUCCACCUGCAGAACCAAAGCCAAACCAAGAACCUGAAUCCGAAUCAGCCGAGGCCAAGUGCCAAGACUGAACCCCACUUGCGUAUCGUGGAGGAGCCGACGAACAAUAUAAUCCGCUUUCGCUACAAGUGCGAGGGUCGCACCGCCGGCUCGAUUCCGGGCAUGAACUCCAGUCCGGAAAAUGGCAAGACCUUCCCCACCGUCGAGGUGUGUAACUAUGACGGGCCCGUCACCAUCGUGGUGUCCUGCGUGACCAGCGAGAAGCCCUAUCGCCAGCAUCCCCACUGGCUGGUCAGCAAGGAGGAGGCGGAUGCCUGCAAGUCGGGCUAUUACCGCAAGCAUCUGAAGCCCGGGGAGCGACGGCUGGUGCUCCAGAAAGUGGGCAUCCAGUGCGCCAAGAAGCUGGAGAUGCGCGACUCCCUGGUGGAGCGGGAACGGAAGAACAUCGAUCCCUUUGGCGCCAAAUUCGAUCACAAGGAUCAGGUCGACAAGAUCAAUCGGUAUGAGUUGCGCCUCUGCUACCAGGCCCUCUUCAAAGUGGGCGAAACCUGGAUGGCCUUUGAACCCAUCGUAUCCUCCCCGAUUUACGGCAAGAGCAACGAGCUGACCAUCACCCGGCUGUGCAGCUGCUCCGCCCAGGUGACCGGCGGCAAUGAGAUCAUGAUGCUGUGCGAGAAGAUCGCCAAGGACGACAUCGAGGUGCGGUUCUACGAGACGGACAGGGACGGACGGGAGACGUGGUUCGCCAACGCCGAGUUCCAGCCCACGGACGUAUUCAAGCAGAUGGCCAUCACCUUCAAGACUCCGCGCUACAAGAACACCGAAAUCACGCAUAGUGUCAAUGUGGAGCUGAAGCUGGUGCGACCCUCAGAUGGAGCGACGAGUGCCCCGCUGCCGUUCGAGUUCUACCCGAAUCCAGGUACGGUAUCCUUUGCCCGGCUGCAGCGAAGGCUGAAGCGCCGUCAGGAGCUGGACGUGUUCCAGCAGAUCCUUUCUCUCGACAGCGAAACCACGGCCACGAAAUACUCGUGCCCACCGAUGGAAUUGGAGGAGGACAACAAUACGGUUUCGUCCGACGAUCAGCAGAGUUCCGGAACUCUUAAUGAAUUUGAGAUAGCGGUGAAGAAGAUGCAGAUGCGUCAACGGGGUGAAUCACACGAAAUGGAUGGUGGCACCGUCACUGAGUACACGGAUAACGAUAACGAACCGGACAUGGAAAUUGAGCUGGAGGUGCCGCAACUGUUGCCCCAACUGGCGGACGACUGCACCCAGACGUCCACGCCCAUGGAUGAGAUCCUGCAGCAUCCGCAGCUGCAAUCGCGACCUCUAACCAAUGUGGACAAAAUCACCGAGUGGAUGAAGAGCAGCGAGUUUGAGCGAACGGAUAGCCUGACGGUUGAGAAUGGGGAUACCCAAUCCCUAUCGAAUAGCACGGCCCAAACAGCCUUUACCAAUGUCAGCAGUUUGACUGCCAAUACGACCAUAACGAACCAGUUGGAGGAGGAGGCCCACGCACAUUUGGCCAAUGGUUCUCGCAGGGAUACCCUCGAGAAUCCCGCCGUGAAAGAGCUGCCGGAUAACGAAAAGGAACCGGAAAUGGCCUCAGCCAGUGCCCAGGCCUCCGUGGACUUGGAUGAGAACUUCGAUGAGACGGCCACGUAUACGAGCCUGCAGAUAGCUUUCAAUAAUCCCAUCAAAAUAGGGUUACCCAAAGAGAACAAACAGGGUGUCCAGAUUUAUCCACCCACAAAUCCGUUUGGUCAGUUAGAUGAUGCCGAGCUGGUGGUUCUAACGAAUCCGCCAGCUCCGCGUAUAAAAGUAAAUGCUGUCCAAACACCAGCCACGCCCCCCCAUUCACCGCCCCUGCCGCUGCCACCACGAACUCCUUCACCCGUUUCGGACCAAAGAUUACCUCCCUUGCCACCGAAACCGCAUCGAAACUCCCAGGACUUGAGCAUUGUCAGUGAUUCGAUCUCUGUUAGCCGCUCGAGAAAUGGCAGUCUUAGUUCCAAUAGAACCACACCAUCGCCAAUCAUUAUAAUGCGGACCCCCGAUCAAAGUCCCACCAAAAGGCAACCCACGCCAAGUGGUUCGCCCAAGAAGCGUCAGGGAUUCUUCUCGAGAUUCUUCUCGCGCCGAAAGAGCAGGGCGGACGAUGAGGAAUCCCUCACACCGGGUGGCAGUCCGAAUAAACAGUUAACUGGUGGAUCCAAGGCCACCACACCCACUGGCAGUCGGGAGCCCAGUGUGGCGCACUUUUCUCUAGGGGAUCCCAAUCGCAGCUCCACGCGGUCCAUGCAACCGCUGGGAAAAGGCGAGGGUAGAAACGGCAAGCCAGUCGGUCGAAGUUCAAGUAGUGUGUCAGGAAAAAGACCCGCCCACCUGGAUGCGGAUGUGAUUCACAUACCGCUGAAAGGAGGCGAUAGCGAGAACAGUUUGCUCCGGCCGGAGAGCUACUCGAAUGCCAGCACCCUUAGUUAUGGACGACCGCUGGAUAGGAAGACCCUGAGCACUCUGCAGCUGGCGGAUAUUCCGAUAAGUGAUGGCAACAUGGAGUUGAUAGCCAUUGCCGACAGGCAGAGCAUCAAGAAUCUGUGCGAGGGAGCCUACGGUGUGGUGCUGGAUCCCAGUGUGGAUCUCUCCGAGGCAGAGCAUUUUGCGCUGUACACCAGUAAAAGUCCGGAGCCACCGUUUGGCGGGGAGUUCGGCGAAGGUGGGGCAGCAGGUGGAGCGGCAACGGGCGGCGUGGAUGCAACGGAUUUCCUCAGUGCGGAUGAAAUAGCUCGGCGGCUGGCGGAGGCCAAUGGCUUGGAGUAGGGAUGGGGGAGAUGAAAUUGUUACGUGUAACUGAUUUGAUUGUGAAAAAGUUAUUUUUACUAAUUUAAAAACAUUUAUCUAUGAAAACGAAUAGCCGCCAUAAUACAGGGUAUCACAAAGGUUUCCUUUUAAAAACGAAAAUGUAUUUAUCAAAACAAAGGAGUCGGAAUCUCCAAUUUUUUAAAGAUGAAUGAUUAAUGAGGCCUAUUGCUUCAUACAAAGAUACCAUUUAUUUUCCAAUAAUAUCUUUUUUAAACGUUUCACAAUCAAAAUCAAAUCAGUUAUCCGAAACCUUAGCAUUAGUUAGUCCAAAACACAACUGCACACCUACAAAAAUAUCUUUUCUAGUCGUCUUCUCUUUCAGUAUUAAUUUUAAAUAUGUCAUAAUGCUUACAAAAACUUUCUAGAUAAGAAUACUCUGAGUACACUCACCGAAAUCGAAUAUAAGCAUUUCUAAUCACCCAAAAAUCCGAAUAUCUUUGUAGAACUCCUCUCAAAGCACAAUCGUCUGGAGACCCAAAAAGCGGUUGAAAGCCUAAAGCGCAGUCUCAUGAACACCGAUUUCUAUCCAUCCAAGCAGGUCAAAACGUCCAGUAAGUUC